AGAGACGAAGAAAAUAUGGCUGUUAGAAUUUUCAGCAUAUUCUUAUUAUGUUCUGCUAUCAAAUAUAUAUUAACACAAGAGUAUCUCUACCAUAUACAUGAUGUAGAUUCCAUCACAAAGGGAAAAAUUACAAGAUAUGCGAAACGACAGAUAAGAACAGCCUGUCUGUUGGAAUGUCGACAUAACGAAAAUUGUGACAAGCCGUAUUUUAAGGAAGACAAAGUUGAAAAAAGGUUCGGAGAGUGUUGGUUUGUUAAGGAAGGAGGUGGCGAUGAGUUGCAGCUUUUAAAGUUAUCAGAUGGUGAUCAAAUGGAAACAUAUGAGGAGAAGGACAUAACAAAAUGGAGAGAUGGACUUCCGACAACUGAGAAUGUUUCUUAUUGCGACACAGUCAAACCAUGCAAAUAUGGAAGAUGUGAAAACACCUACGAUGGAACUCAACACAAAUGUCACUGCAAUGUCGACGAUUGGAAGCUUCAAACAACAAAUGUGUGUUUUGGUGCAAGAGAUGACAGUUAUGGAAACUUCACAUUACGUCAUACUGGCACACUUAAAAAGCUAAAGCUUCAACAUACAGGCGAAACCACAUUAAAUUGCUAUGUUCCUGGUGCAACCGGUGUCUCACUAUGGGGGUGCGAUUACACCAAUGAACAGGAGAUUUGGACAGCAAUUACUGACAUAAACAACGUCAUCAUAUUUCCAAAUUCAAACCCGAAGAAAUACUACUACCUUUCUGGAUACCAUGGCAACUCACCAUACCUCGAAUUUGAUCAUAUAAACAAACCUGCAAUAAAAGGAGACGAGUUGAGAAUCUGGUACCUCCCAGAUUUAAGAGGUUUGUCUGAGAAUUAUCGAUCUGGAAGUUCUUGUGCAGACGUGUAUGCUGUGUUCUGUGACUGAUCGUUGUUGGUCGAUAUGUUGAGCAGGAUAACGUGGACUUCACUUUGAUACUUUUUACAUUAUUUUAUCGUGAAAGAUCGUACGAUUCCAAAAAACAGACGGCCCAUAAUUUUUAUUUUAUGGAAUUCCCGUAAAAGUUAAAAACUUAAUCGUGAUACCAGGUAAACCGUGUCGCCCAUCCGUAUAGGCGUAAUACUCUUUUCAAAAAUACUUUAUUGCAACUUCGGUUUGAAUAAAAACACAGGAAACAGGCCCGUCAUAAUGCCGUCCAGCUAAAAAAAUACUCAGCACUUCUAUUUU